AUGCCGCGAGAGAAUCAGGCCCUGAUCGACGUCGAGGGAGUUGAAUUCGUCUGCAUUUCAUGUGACGAGCGUGAAUUUGACUCCGAACAAGCAUUGCUCCAGCACUGUCAAGCCGCGCGUUGUCACAAAGACGAAUGGUGUGACAGGUGCCAAUGGUUGUUUAUCUCCACAGAGGCUCACGAACAACAUACCCGGGACUCGCAGAACCAUUGGGUCUGUCCAAAAUGCGGCACCGACGAACCCGAAGAAAGCAGUCUUCGCGCUCACAUGGAAACCAAACAUUCCUUCUGCUACGACUGUCAGGUAAACGUUGCCGGUGUAUCGAAACAUCGCGUCCAGUUCCACAAUCGAUGCCCUAUAUGUAAUGAGGAGUUUGCGAAUGAAAACGAAGUUCGUAUGCACGCGAAGAUCCACACGCCUCGUCAAAACAAGUGCUACGGCUGCGAACGUAAAUUCAAAAGCCCCUCCGGUAUCCUCAUCCAUCUCGAGUCGACGACCUGUGAUUCCGAGGUUACCCAGGUCGAUAUCGAUCAAUGGGCUUUCAGCUGCCGCCGGAGCAACCUAUACACUAACGGCUGGGACGAUGAGUUCAGAUACCGGUGUCCGGGCUGUGACGACAGCUUCCCAAAAGUCAGUGGAUUGUUUCAGCACGUCGAGACGGCGGCAUGCGGUGCAGGUUACAAUGGCAUUCUGAAGAAAUUGACGACAUACAUCAAGCGGCAGGUUCAAAAUGUGUUGGAAUGA